AUGCUCACACAGCGCACAGAGACCGACAAAGUUUACAUAGGCUCUAUAGACCAAGGAACUACUUCCACUCGAUUCCUUAUAUUCGAUAACGACGGUAAGCUUGUUACGUCUCACCAACUUGAGUUCGAUCAGCACUAUCCUCGGCCUGGUUGGAUCGAGCAUGACCCGACGGAUCUCGUCAAAUCGGUCAGAAAAUGCAUCAUAGAGGCUGUUCGCAAGUUUGAAAUGAUGGGCCAUGACGCUUCUCGCAUCAAGACGGUCGGCGUCACCAACCAGCGUGAAACAGUCCUGGUCUGGGAUAGGACUACCGGAAAGGCCCUCUACAAUGCCAUUGUUUGGUGUGACGCUCGCACAACAUCUACUGUGAAAAAAUUGCAAGCCAAAAAGGAUAGCGAUAAGGUCGCUACACUUUGUGGCCUUCCUAUCAGCACUUACUUUGCUGGAGUCAAGUUACAUUGGUUGAUCGAUAACGUACCUGAAGUACGGAAAGCCAUCAACGAAAAGAGAGCAAUGUUUGGAACAGUCGACAGCUGGCUGUUAUAUAACCUGACAGGUGGAAAGGACGGUGGAGUCCACUUGACUGACAUGAGUAAUGCCAGCCGAACCAUGUUUUUGAAUCUGAAGACGCUAGCCUGGGAUGACUGGCUUCUUGACUUUUUUGAUGUCCCAGACCACAUUCUACCCAAAGUGGUAUCGUCCUCUGAACACUAUGGAGAUAUCGCUUUCGGUCCAUUGAAAGGAGUCCCUAUACAUGGAUGUUUAGGAGAUCAGCAAGCAGCCAUGGUUGGACAGAAAUGCUUUUCACAGGGAGAUGCCAAGUGUACUUACGGUACCGGUGCUUUCUUGCUGUUUAACACCGGAGAAAGCCAUGUGAAUUCCAAAAAUGGUCUUCUCUCGACGGUUUGCUAUCAGCUUGGCCCGGAUGCACCCGUCACCUACGCCUUGGAAGGUUCAAUUUCUGUGGCGGGAUCAGCGGUCAAGUGGCUUCAAAAUAACUUGGGAAUCAUCCGCUCAGCUGAAGAACUGGGUAAGCUGGCCUCUCAGGUGAAGGACACAGGUGGUGUUUACUUUGUCACCGCCUUAUCGGGACUAUUUGCCCCCUACUGGCGAGACGACGCUAGAGGAACCAUUGUAGGCUUAACCAAUUAUACCAACAAACGACACAUCGCAAGGGCCACUCUUGAAGCUGUUUGUUUCUCUACAAAUGCGAUUAUUGAUGCUAUGAAAGCCGAUGCGCUCGUUCCACUCAAGAUUUUAAAGGUCGAUGGCGGCAUGUCCAAUUCCGACACCGGUAUGCAAAUUCAAUCCGAUAUCAUUGGCAUCGACGUUGAGCGGCCCGCCAUGCGAGAAACCACAGCUCUGGGAGCUGCCUUCGCUGCUGGCUUGGCCGCUGGUAUCUGGAAGUCGACUGAGGAAUUGUGCAACUUAACUGUGAACUCCCACGACACCUUUGUGCCUAAAAUUGAUGACAAGAUGCGCAAGAAGAAGUAUAAGGAAUGGGAAGCGGCUAUUGAGCGAAGCUAUGGUUGGACUGAAGUCGUUGGCACUGAACAAGACGAAGAGUAA